AUGUCUGAUUUAGGAUUUGAUACUACUUUAAAGAAGAAAAAAAAGGUUAAAAAGCCAACUACAGAAGAUAGUCCAGGUUUAGAUUCAAAAGAAUCAACUCCACAACCACCAACAGAUUCAUCAGUUGAUGAAUUAUUUACGGGAUUGAAAAAGAAGAAAAAAUCGUCAACUAAAAAAUCAGCCACUACAAAUGAAGACUCGUCUAUAGAAAAAUCAAAAUCACCUGGAUUAGAUGAAGAUUUAACUGCAUCAUUAGGAGAUUUAUCUUUAAAAAAGAAAAAGAAAAAAUCCACUAAAAAUUUAGAUUUAAAUGAAUUUGAACAACAAUUAGAAGAAGCUGGAGUUGAAGAAUUAGGAAACAUAAAUAAUAAUAAUAAUAGUCAAGAUGAUGGUUUUAAUGUAGAACAAGAAAAUUUAAAUAAUACAUUAAAGUAUGAAGAUUUAUUAUCAAGAUUUUUUUCAAUAUUGAAAAAGAAUAAUCCAGAAUUAGCUGGUGAUAGAUCAGGACCCAAAUUUAGAAUACCUCCUCCAAUUUGUCAAAGAGAAGGUAGUAAAAAAACAUUAUUUGCCAAUGUGCAAGAAAUAUCAUCAGUAUUACAAAGAAAUCCAGAACAUUUAAUUCAAUAUUUAUUUGCAGAAUUAGGUACUACAGGUUCAAUUGAUGGAGAAAAAAGAUUAGUAUUAAAAGGUAAAUUUCAACCAAAACAAAUGGAAAGUGUUUUAAGAAGGUAUAUAAUUGAAUAUGUUACAUGUAAAACAUGUAAAUCAAUGAAUACUGAAUUAAAAAGAGAAUCUGCAAAUAGAUUACACUUUUUAUCAUGUAAAGCUUGUGGUUCAACAAAAUCUGUAAGUAGUAUUAAAACUGGUUUCCAAGCUCAAAUUGGUAAAAGAAAGAAGUUGUAA